ACUACAAAUACAGCGCGUGGUAGCUGGUCGGAGGCGGACACCACCGAGCCCCACACUCGCCCCUUGUUAGAAUUAUCAGUUUACAAGUUUAAGUUGCUUUACUUUUACUUUGGUAACAGGUAGUUGUACAUAAAAGAAUAAUAAUAAUACUUUCUUAUACUAAUAAUUCCGUUUGUCUUUGUGCAAGGCUGUGCGCGAGCUUUACAUAGCGAGUUUGUUUGAGGACUUUAUCGCUCAGCCUGCAGCAGAGAAGCUAGCAUGUCGACCGGCACAAAAGAUGCUAAAAGCUGCCCUAUCCCCACCAGGGUGUUCACCCCGAAGGACUGGUCCCAGGUUCCCGACGUUUACAGCCAGACACCCGGGGGGACGCUCUUCUCCACCACCCCUGGAGGUACCCGCAUCAUUUACGACAGAAAAUUUCUGUUGGAUUGUCGAAACUCCCCUCUUGCCCGUACCCCCCCAUGCUGUCUGCCCCAGAUCCCAGGGGUAACCGUACCCGCUACGCACCCCAUGGGAAAACUGCAGGAUCUCAAGGAGGAGGCUGAGGAAGAAGAAAAGGACAUUGCAGAUGACAACCAGUUUGAGAUGGACAUCUGAGCUCCAGUAUUACCUCCUGUGGAGAAUUAUUAGUUAAAACGCCUCCAACGUCAUAAAUGACUGUAAUGCAUUUAAAGCUUUUUUUCACCUUUUUUUUUAAAUAAAAGCUUUUGUGAAGAACCAAAAAGAAUGGAAUAGUUGGAAAACUAUAGGGUGUUUUUGACCCUAAGUGUGUUAAGCGAAGAAAGGGUCUGGUCACUUCAGAGCUGCAGCAGGAUUGAAAAAAAUCCAUUUUGAUUUAACUUUUUUUAAUCUUUUGUAAAUAACAUUGUACAAUGUAGCCUCUUUUUUAAGUUGGGAAAUAUAAGAUGAUUACAUUAAUACAUGUAGAGUUUUUCACUGCAGGCAUCAGUUGUUUUGUUGUAUCUUCCUCCCAAAAAACGGAUGGCUAACUCUCUUUGUCUCCUAAUGGGGGUCAGGGCCUUCUGAGAAUCAGCUCCAACUCUGUUUUGUGUGGAGGGAGAACUUAAAUGUGAAUAAUUUCAAUUAAAGGCUAUUCAAACUGUG